UUCUGUUAGGAGGAGCUUGGAUCUCCAUUCGGUGUGAUCCGGGAACAGCUUUUUCCCUCCAGCUCUGAAAGAGGGCCCUUUCGGGUACAGGCAAGGUUCAGAGCAAACGAAAAUAGCGGAUAUUUAAGCAAAAGCACCCUUAACGUUGGGUCCUACGCUCAUUAAUCAAAUUUCAGCGAUCCGAGGGAAACGUGCUCUUGGCGGUGCCAAUGUGAGCAAUCUUGAGCUGUCUCCUUCAGCAGCUCCCCAAGAGCUUGGCUCUAUCUUUGGUGGUUGAUCCCUCAGACCCCCACGCCCCCAGGUAGGUUCUGACCUGGGGGUCCCCGUGAGGAUCCAGAAGGAAAGGCAGAGACAGGGGAGGGAAAGAGGUAGAGAGAUGUCAGCCAAGCUUAACGGCUCCGGAUCGCCCCAAGAGUCCCUGUGACUCUGAACUUGAGGUGAAGCUCAGAACACCCCCACCUUCCCGCCUCCCAGGACCAGGCGGGCGGCAGGAGCUGAAGGUACAGCAUUCCCCCCGCCCCCACCCCAUCUCCUCCCCAUCCAGAAGAGGAGUGAAGUGCAGGCAGCGCGGAAAGCAGCGAGAGGCAGGAGAGGGGCGGGGAGAGGCGCUGACAAAUCAGCUGCGGGGGCGUUGAGCAGAAGAGGAGGAGGAGGAAAAAGAGGAGAAAGACCGCGACGACACGAACGGACCCGAGAAAGGGGGCGAGUGACCGAGCGAGCGCGGGGACGCGGGUGAGUGUGGUGUAAAGGAAUUCCUUAGCCAUGGAUGUAUUCAUGAAAGGACUUUCAAAGGCCAAGGAGGGAGUCGUGGCUGCUGCAGAGAAAACCAAACAGGGUGUGGCAGAAGCAGCAGGAAAGACAAAAGAGGGUGUUCUCUAUGUAGGCUCCAAAACCAAGGAAGGAGUGGUUCAUGGUGUGACAACAGUGGCUGAGAAAACCAAAGAGCAAGUGACAAAUGUUGGAGAGGCAGUGGUGACAGGGGUGACAGCAGUUGCACAGAGGACAGUGGAGGGAGCAGGGAGCAUUGCAGCCGCUACUGGCUUUGGCAGAAAGGACCAGCUGGGCAAGGGUGAAGAAGGAGCUCCACAGGAAGGAAUUCUGGAAGAUAUGCCUGUGGAUCCUGACAAUGAGACUUAUGAAAUGCCUUCUGAGGGAAAAAUCGAUGCCCACUAACAAAUGAAUUCCAGGAAGCAGACUGAUUGGCACUGUGUUGUUUUCUGAAAAUCCUCAAAGCGCAUAUUUGGAAAAGUUCAAAUUCCACAGUAGAAUCUUGACUGAAUUUUUGUAACUUGUGGUUACCUAGUUAGUUUUCUUUUUGGUGGAUGCCUUCAUCCUGUUAAGUUCAGAUAGGAGUUGUGAGUGAGAUUGCUAUAGUGAGAUUCCCCAAGAGACAGCAAAGCGAGAACAGUUCAAAAAAGUCUAAAUUGUUAAAAGGUACAAAAAAAUGUAGUAGUGAGACCAGGUCAAGAUUUAGGAUCUAACACAGAUGGAGGAAAAAAAUCAGUCUCGGUAGUUCUCUACCUCAGUGUCUAGCAAACAAUGCUGAGGGCUCUCCCAGAAGACUGACUCUACCUUUCCUCUUCCAUCAGCCCUUCCCAGUGGAAAAGCAAAUCUGCCCCCGUGUGACCACAAGCUGUAGGUUGGCUAAGGGUCAGAAAAUGACCUAUCUUUAUAACUGUCCGAUGCCUUCAAUUUAUAAAAAGCAAAAACCCAAGAUUGCACAGUGUUGACAUUUUGGAUAGAAUUGAAACAAACUUUCAACCAAUAAUACUUUAAUACUGCAAAAACUAUUAGGUGAAUUCCACCCUGGCUCAUGGCAAUGUUCUAGUAUAUGUCUCUAGAAGGAAUAAAAAAUAUUGACACUAAAAUCCAAUAUAUACUGGAAGCACAUAAUGCUCCCUAGUGUUAAUUCUAUACAAGAUUCGGGAUUCACUGAUGCCUGCGUCUUUGAACCACUGUACUCGCUCUGAAUUCCCACAUCUUCCUUAUUCCUUGUGAGGAAAAAUUUAUCAUUUUUUAAGUACUCCAAAAAAAGUACAUUAAAUUUAUAUAUGAGUAUACCAGAAAAUAGACAUAAAAUUCCAUGUCUAAAUUUUAAGCACAAAAAAAUAAGAAUAUUUAAGUUAAAAAAUGACCCAUAUACCCAUACAAAUAUGAUUUCAGCAAUUUCCUUAUUGAACACAUUUUGGGCCCUCAGAGUACAGUUUCAGGUAGAAUCUUCUUCAGAAUAAAUAUCUGAAUGAUUGAAGCAAGCUAUUAGAUGUGUUAUCCCUAAACAUAAAAUAUAUUCUACCAGCUAUAUUAUAUUAAGAUUGAGAUGGAAACAAACACCUUUGUAUACUAGCCAUAUAUGAAAACAUGACUAAAACUUACAUCAUUCAAGUGUACAACUAAUGUUUUAUAAAUAUAGUAUAGAUAAUCUUUCAAGUGCCUACUGUCAAGUAGAAUGACAUUUACUUUUGAACUGUCAUUUCUCUGGUCUUAAACCAUGACCAAGUUGUCUUGAUCCUUUAAAUAGAGAUUAUAGAUCAUUGAUCACCUGAAACUAACAAUGAUAAAAAAGAGAGAGGAGAGAGAGACUCUCUAGAUCAUUGAAAAAGGAGAGGUGAGUGCUGUUCUUUAGGAAAAGCAAAAACCUCAGUCAUUUCAGGAUAACAUCAGUUUGAAAAAAGACAGCACUUUUCUGGGAGUAUAGUUGCCAUUUCCCACAUAUUUCAAGAAGGUUUUACUAAUCUGAAAUUGUAGCAGAUGGAGAAGCAGCAGGUGUGAACUCAGAAAAUAUACAAGAGACAAGAUUCUAAACUAGGGCAGCCACUUAAGGCCUUUCACAAUUGAGGUUAGGGAAUGAACUGACUUUAGAAAAGAUACACAGUUGUGUGUGUGCAAUGCACUAAAAGAUAUGAGUGUUUUUAUAUAUGACAUGUCAUAAAUCUGGAUCCUAGAGGAGAGACAAUAGGCAUAGGGAAAAAUGUAAGAGUUAGACACCACAAGAAAAAAAAAAACGAAACAUAUCCCCAUCACUGUGCAAACAAAUUCAACAGUUCCUAUGCUAUUAAUUUCAGGAAUACAUUUCUCUAAAGACAAAUUCUUAUUUCAGCAACCUCAUACCAAAAUUUGUUCUGCUAGCUAUUUCAAAAUUAUUUUUAAAAAACAAAACCAUUAAGUAUUUUUAAAAUCAGAAUGCCUGGGUUCAAACAUUACCUCCACCACAUCCCAGCAAUGUGACCCUAGUAAAUAUCUUAGUCUCUCUGAAAAUUAGAUGUAAAUUGGAAAUAAUGGCAUUUAUAUAUACUUUGUGGUAAAGAUUAAGUUAACUCCACUAUCAUUAAAUUACUCUUAGUAUUGAGUAGUCUUUCAUUUCCAUUUCCUCAUCUUCAUUGUUACAAAAAAAGGCAAAAUUUUAAGAGUAAGGUGUAACAAAAUUAAAAUGAUGUAGAUAUUAUUCAAAUAAAUAUGCAGUCCAAGUAAACAUAUCCAUUUGGGCUGAAAAGGUAGUAAUUCUUCUUCCAUUACAAUGGUGAAUAUUAGAAAAGAAAAAGGCAAAAAGAAACCAGAGGAAAAUGUUUCAAGUAAAGAUUCCAACUUUAUUACAAGUGAAGAAAUACCUUCCUAUACAUUAUGUUGGAGAGAAUUUGAUAAUUUCCAAAAAGCCUUUUGAUUUAGUGAAUACACAGAGUAAUUUAAAUUAAAUUGGAAAGCAAAAUCUAUUUGUUUACUUACACCAUCCCAUCUUACACGGAGAAAAAAGGAAAAUAGAAAAACUAUAUAUACUCCAUCCUUAGACAUAUAUUUGAAGUAGACAAUUUCAACCAAAUACAGUAUCUAUUUGGUGCUUUUGGCUAUAGCAGAGCACAGAAAUGUUUUGCAGACUGUUGAACUGACUCAAUAUUAUGCCUCUAAAUAUCAGUAAUAUACAGUAAGGAAAUUCUAAUACGUCUUUGAGCUUUAUUCACUAAUGAAAUGCAUUUAAAAUUUUGUAUUCUAAAUUCUGUAUUUUAGAAUACAUACAAGAGGGGAAAAUCAACCUUUGCUUUCUUGUUCUUGGUUCUCUGAUAACGUCUAUUUAUCUUUCCACUUGCAGGUGGUUCUAAAGGGUCACAGUAAAGGCAUAAGCACAUAUUACAUUAAGUCAAAACAAUAGUAAAACUUUACAAAACUUCAGUUACCACAGAUGAAUGUGCCCCAUGGUGGCAGCACCAAAAAGGAAGCUUAAUUUGUGAGUGAACCAAAAGGUUCAUGUUUCUUUAACAUAGUGCUGGUGGUGAAUUUUAAGUAUCGCUCUUAAAUAACAUGCAAAUUUUUGAACUCUAUGGAAAAUUUAAUAUCCAUAUGUCUAUAUGACUUUUUCUGGCUAACAACAUUUAUUGUCUUCACCCCUUUUAAAAUGGAUGUGACUCAGAAGAGGUUAAUUAAAGAAUAACGUGUAAUUUCUAGAUGGGUCUCAGAAUUACUGAUUAAAACCUUAAUUUCGUGAAAUUUAUUCCAUAAAACAGUAGUUCCUAGGGAGUUAAAUAGAUAUAAAAGUAUUUAAUGGAUAAAUUAAACUUGUCUACUCCAGUGUUUUUCAGAGCCAUUAACAUUUUAAUGAACAUUGUUCAUCUCCAAGAGUGUGAUACAGCAGGCAGUGCUUCAAAAAGUCACCUAUGAAGAGAAACUUUUUUAGCAGCACUGCUUAGCUCCAGCUCUAAUAUUUUACGAAAAAAAUACGUGGGGAUAUGGUAAUUUAAGACUGCACUUCCUGACCAGACAUUCAGUGAUACAUAAUAAGGAGAAUUUUAUAAUUCAAUUCAAAUCACUAAUUUUUAGUCAGUAAAACAGUGACUGUGCCUUUAAGUCAUACUAUUCGCCAGAGCAAUUACUAUAGUUUUGCACAACUAGGGAAGGUGAUUGGCGGGUCCCAAUUAGAUUAGUAAUUCUCCACAUAGUCUUUUUAUUCUUUUAUUAAAUUUAUUGGGGUGACAUUCGUUAAUAAAAUUAUAUGGGUUUCAAGUGUACCAUUCUAUAAUACAUCAUCUAUGUAUUGCAUUGUGUUCACCACCCAAAGUCAUUUCUCUUUGCAUCAACAUAUACAUGACCCUCUUUACCAUCUUAUACCACUACCCUCACCUCUUAUCCUCCAGGAACUACUAAACUGUUGUCUGUGUCUAUGAGUUUUUUGUUUGUUUAUCUUGCUCGUUGCUUUGUUUUAUAUCUCACAUAUGAGUGAAGUCAUAUGGUUCUUCACUCUUUUGUCUGACUUAUUUAGCUUAGCAUGAUAAUCUCAAGAUCCAUCCAUGUUGUUUCAAAUGGCUUUACCUUGAUGGUUCCUUUGAGUCAAGCCCUAUCGCCACAUAUUCUUUGAUCAUCUGGGUAAAUUACCUUUGAAAAAACAAAUGCCUGUCUCUGUUGUUUCAGGAUACUUAUUACUUCCUCCCUAGCUAGUCACCAGCUAUACUUAAAAAAAAGAAAAAAAAAUAGAGAUCAGAAUAGUAAACGACAGGGGAAAAACAAAAGAACGUUUUACCAGCAAGGUCCAGGAAAUAGUCAUUAGUGAAAUUGUGUAAAGUGUAUUAAGCAUAGCCAAGAGCUAUAUUUUUAUCUGUAGGAUUACCAGGACUCGAAGUUUAAUCCAUUCUAAAUCAAUGUCAAAACAAACAAAACCAAAGAAAAUCACUAUACUAAUUAAACUUGAGCAAUAGUAGAUCUACAUUGUUAUACUUCCUAAGGCUCAAAUAUUCUGUGUAACUGCUUCUUAUGUUACAGAGGCCUAUAGGAUCUAUCUUCUUUAUGAAUGAAUCAGAAACACAUUUUAUUUCUACAACAAGUGCAGCUGUAACCUAAAGAGAGAAAAUAGAUGGCAGGUCAUCCUUUUUCUUCCUACCAACUUUAUCAGCUGUUCACUUAUACCCAAAGACUCCAUUUAAGAUGACAACUAGUAUUUCUCUUUUAUUCCCUCUGCUCACACUAAUUCUUUUUUUAGCUUCUGUGCUCUCCCCUUGCCACACCAUCUUGUUUUUGCCUGCAUCUGUUCUUCAUUAGCCUCCCAGAGAGGUAAGUUUUCAUUCAACAAUAUUUAUGGAGUACCUACCCAUAAUGAGCAUGAGACUGAAUAUAUGCAUUUGGGAAGAUCUGUUUCAAGAUGGGAAGAAGCUGACAAUCUCUUAAGGGAGCAAAGGACAAAAAGAAAAAAAAAAAAAA